GUGGGCUGCGGGGCUCAGAGCUCGCCUUCUACAACCGUCUCUUCCCUGCCCCGGGGUCUCUCUUUACCUUCGCCCGGCGUCCUCUGUGCGCUUCGUUUCCCUCUUACUCCGACGCCAGAAUCAUGAAGGUCGCCACUGGCAGCGCCGCGGCCGCCGCGGGCCCCAGCUGCGCGCUGAAGGCCGGCAAGACCGCAGGCGGCGCGGGCGAGGUGGUGCGCUGUCUGUCCGAGCAGAGCGUGGCCAUCUCGCGCUGCGCGGGGGGCGCCGGGGCGCGCCUGCCUGCCCUGCUCGACGAGCAGCAGGUGAAUGUGCUGCUCUACGACAUGAACGGCUGCUACUCGCGCCUCAAGGAGCUGGUGCCCACCCUCCCCCAGAACCGUAAGGUGAGCCGGGUGGAGAUCCUCCAGCACGUCAUCGACUACAUCUGGGACCUGGAGUUGGAGCUGAACUCGGAAUCCCAAGUCGGGACCCCCGGGGGCCGGGGGCUCCCCGCCCGGGCUCCGCUGAGCACCCUCAACGGCGAGAUCAGCGCUCUGGCGGCCGAGGCGGCUUGUGUUCCAGCGGACGAUCGCAUUUUGUGUCGCUGAAGCGCCUCCCUCAAGGACUGGCAGACCCCAGCCCUCCAGGGAGCGGGAGGAAUUCGUGCUCUCUGAUCCUACCGAGCGCCUCGCCGGAGGUGGGGAGGAACAAGAUUGAGAUCAGCGACCGUGGGGCGCUUGCUGAAUGCAGCCCAGGGUUGGCGGACUGAGAGGGCAGGCCGACCCUCCCCUCUACACCAACCAGCCACCAGAGACUUGGGGGACGGCCCCCCGUGUGUUUCUAUUUUUUGAAAAGCAAACAUUUUAAAAAAUGGUCACGUUUGGUGCUUCUCAGAUUUCUGAGGAAAUUAAUUGCUUUGUAUUGUAUAUUACAAUGAUCACCGAGAAUAUUGUUUUACAAUAGUUCUGUGGGGUGUUUUUGUUGUUGUUGUUGUUGUUAUUAAACAAAUACUUUAGACUGCG